ACUGGGUGAAGGAGCGGCGCGCAGUGCAUAUUGAAUGUGUGAUUGUCACUGUUUUGAUCCAUAAGUGGACUGUUGGAGUUUUUCUGUAGCGACCACUUUCGUUAACACUUGCAUGGAUUCGGGUGUUGUGUAACAACCACUUGUUCUAAAGAAUAUUCCUGUGACUGUCACCUUGUACAAUCUCUUCGUGGAUUUUGGAAUACGACUCGGUGACUAAAAAUCUUCUGUGACUGUUACUUCGUUUUCCCAGCGUGGAACCAGUGAAAUUCUUCGUGAUUACUUCCUCGUUGCAUUUUAAUGUGGAUUUACAACUUUUCCCAUUCCGUGGAUAACUGAAACUUGCCAUCUUGAAACUUUAAGUACUUGUUCCUAAACUUGACAGUGUGGGAGCCACAAACGCAGAAUACUGUUAACUUCUGUUUCGGUGAGUAGUUUGUUUAAUUUUCUAUAUACUAAUAAAGACAGUAGUUUACAUUAAAACUGAGUUUGUGGUCUAUUACUGCAGGUACAUACACAAGUUUGUGUCUUUCCACAGAGUGGCGGGUUGCUGGAGUCUCUGCCUGGGUUGGGACCCCACAGGUCACGUGAUCCCAUUCGCCCCUCCCAUUUAACCGCAGGCGGGCAGCAGCUGCGCGUCUGUUCCCGAGGCCCCGCCCUCCGGAUGACGCAACAAUCACUCCGCGCCUGCUCACAGUCCCCAUAUGGACGGUGUUUGCCUUUCCGCUCGGUGCUGAAGUGAGUCCGUCUGCGGGAUCGGCAAAGGCUUAUCGCCUCCUGGGUCGGGGCGCCGGGGAUCGGGAUCACUGUCUGCGGGCCGAAGAUAUCACUUUCCCAUCGUUAGACCUGCGGUGAGAGAUUUAUUGGAAGAAAAACCCCAACUGGAAGCAAACCACGACUGAAGACGAGGGAACAGCAACAAGUGAACCAGCCCGAGGAUUGAGAGCAUCAACUGGAGAGAACCCAUCUCACUCGGAGAAUCCAGUGAUUCAGUCAGGAGAAAGUUUGGUUAAAAAUGAGAAGGAAUUUGUCUCCAGGAACCUCAAGCAUCGCACGCCAGUUUUGCUGUCUCUGUCUAGAUAUUUAAGAAGUGGAGCAAGGAAUUCAAUUGACCAUCCUUCCUGCUCAGACUGUGGGGAGGGAUUCACUUGGUCAUCUGAUCGAAUGGCACAUCCGUCAUCUUACAUAGGGGAGAGGCCAUUCAUCUGCUCGGACAGUGGGAAUGGAUUCACUCAGUCAUCUCAUUUGAAGGUAUAUCAGCAAGUUCACACUGGGAAAGGCUAUUCAUCUGUUCUGGGUGUGAGAAAGGAUUCAGUCAGUCUUCCCGUCUGUGGACACACCAGUCAGUUCACACUGGGCAAAGGCUGGUCAUCUGCUAAAUUAGUGGGGAAGGAUUCACUCAGUCAUCUGACCUAAUGGCUCACCAGCGAGUUCACACCGGGGAGCUGCCAUUCACCUGCUCAGACUGUGGCAAGGGAUUCACUUGCUUAUCUAAACUGAAGGUACAUCAGCAAGUUCACACUGGAGAGAGGCCGUUCACCUGCUCAUUCUGUGAGAAGAGAUUCACUCACUCUUCCACCCUACAGAGACACCAUCGACUUCACACCGGGGAGAAGCUAUUCACCUGCUCAGUCUGUGGGAAAAGAUUCACUGAUUCAUCCACCCUACAGGGUCACCAGCGAGUUCACACUGGGGAGAAGCCAUUCACCUGUUCAGUCUGUAGAAAGGGAUUCAGUCAUUCAUCCCACCUACAAAGUCAUCAGCGAGUUCACACUGGAGAGAGGCCGUUCACCUGCUCAGAAUGUGGGAAGGGAUUCACUCAGUCAUCCCACCUACAGAGACACCAGCGAUUUCACACUGGGGAGAAGCUGUUCACCUGCUCAGAAUGUGGGAAGGGAUUCACCCAGUCAUCUGAAUUAUUGGCACACCAGUCAGUUCACAGUGGGGAGUGGCCAUUCACCUGCUCAGAAUGUGGGAAAGGAUUUACUCAGUCAUCCCAACUAUUGGCACACCAGUCAGUUCACACUGGGGAGUGGCCAUUCACCUGCUCAGAAUGUGGGAAGGGAUUCACUCGGUCAUCACAACUACUGGCACACCAGUCAGUUCACACUGGGGAGAAGCCAUUCACCUGCUCAGUCUGUGAGAAGAGAUUCACUCAGUCAUCCCACCUACAGAGUCAUCAGCGAGUUCACACUGGGGAGAGGCCGUUCAUCUGCUCAGAAUGUGGGAAGAGAUUCACUUACUCUUACACCCUACAGAGACACCAGCGAGUUCACACUGGGGAGAAGCUGUUCACCUGCUCAGAAUGUGGGAAAGGAUUCUCUCAGUCAUCCAACCUACAGAGUCACCAACGAGUUCACACAGGGGAGAGGCUGUUCACCUGUUCAGUCUGUGAGAAUAGAUUCACUCACUUAUCCAGCCUACAGAGACACCAGCGAGUUCACACUGGGGAGAAACCAUUCACCUGCUCAGAAUGUGGGAAAGGAUUCACUCGGUCAUCCAACCUACAGAGUCAUCAGCGAGUUCACACUGGGGAGAAACCGCUCACCUGCUCAGAAUGUGGGAAAGGAUUCACUCAGUCAUCCCAACUACUGGCACACCAGUCAGUUCACAAUGGGGAGUGGCCGUUGUUAUGAAUCCCUAGGUUACGUUUGCUGUGGACUGUCAAUUUAGGAGAGAGAGAGAGAGAGAGAUUAAGAAGGCAAAUCAGUCCAACUUGCAGCUUGUUUACAUCGCUCGCAGCUUGUUUAGAUUUAACCAAGGACACAGACACUCAGAGUCAGACGGAGAUGAAAGAGGAAAAAUGGAAGGAUCGAAUCAUCCAACCUAUGGAGUCAUCAGCGAGUUCACACUGGGGAGAGACCAUUCACCUGCUGUGAAUGUGGGAAGGGAUUCACUCAGUAAUCUAAACUUGUGAUACACUACUGGGUUCACGCUGGGGAGAAAGUUUCAAUAAGCUGCAUGCUGGAUAUUUGUCCAUCACCAUUGCUGAAUGCAAUUUUGAGAGUGACUGUCUUUGCUGAACUCUGCAAUUAUUGCUGCUGCUCACCACACCCAGAUCUGCACCCUGGUCACUGGGCAGGGGAAAGGUUUGCUCUGCUGCAUAUUCACCUUUAAUGGGACUAGAGUUUAAUUUUCUGGAUCAGAGACAAAACAAUCAUUUCCAUUUUAAACUCUGUGUCCGGUACUUGGUGAAUUUCUAACAUAACUAGUGUACAGUAGAGAGUCAAGUCUGCCUGGCUGGUCCUUACCAGUGAUUCCGUUCCACGAAUCUGCUUGGGAAUCUGGUGAUCUGCUUGGGAAAUCUUAUUAAGCCCUGAAUUAAAUUUUGUCAAAUGUUGUUUGUUUGUUUUUUUUUUGGUUUUCUUGCUAUUUUCUAUGUUCUUUGCCUGUUAAUAUUGCAGAUACUUGGGCCAAAAUGUUGAUUCCCAUCGAUAGAUGCUGCCUGACCUGCUGAGCUCCUCCAGCACGUUCUGUUAUGGCUCUAGAUUUCCAGCAUCUGCAGUAUCUCUUGUGGCCCAUUUGCUUGUAUGUUUCUGGAAAGGACUGCAGGUAGGCAGAGAGGGUGCUGUGGCUCUGUUGGUAAAAAUUUAAAUCAAAUCAUCGGAAAGUUGACAUGGUGUUGGAAGGUGCUGAGUCAUUGUGGGUGGAACUAAGAAACAGCAAGGGUGAAAAGAUCUUGAUUUGUUUUGCGACCCCCAAACAGUAGUAGGUAUAUUGUCUGCAAAUUACAAUGGGAGAAAUAAAAUGCAUGCUAAAACAGCAAUGUACAAUAGUCAUGGGAGAUAGUCAUGCAGAUAUAUUAGGAAAAUCAGGUCGGCGCAGGAUCCCAAGAGGAGGUUUCCUAGAAUGCCCACAAGAUGGCUUUUUAGAGCAGCUCCUGGUUGAGCCCAGCUGGGGAUCAGCCAUUCCCAAUUGGGUGUUAUGCAAUGAACCAGAAUUAAUUAGAGUGCCUAAGGUGAAAGAACCCAUAAGGGCAAAUGAUCUUAAUGUAAUGGAAUUCACCCUGAGGUGUGAGAAGGAGAAGCUAAAGUGAGGUAUUCCAGUGUAACCAUGGAAUAAAGAGAAUUAUAAAGGCAUGAGAGAAGAAUUAGCCAAUGUUGAUAAGAAAAGAACAUGGGCGGAGAUGAUGACAAAAUGGCUGGAAUUUCUGGAAGCAAUUUGGCAGGCACUGGAUAUAUAUGUAAAAAAGAGGAAGAUGUAUUCUAAAGACAAGAUGAAACAACCGUGGCUAAGCCAACAUAAAAACCAAAGAGAGGGCAUAUAACAGAGCAAAAAUGGUGGGAAGUUAGAGGAUUGGGAAGCUUUUAUAAACCUACAGAAGGCAAAUUUUUAAAAAAGAGGUUAAGAAGAAAAAGAUGGAAUACCAAUUUAAGCUAGACAGUGAUAUUAAAGAGGAUGCCUAAUGUUUCUUCAGAUACAUUAAGUGUUAAGGAGAGGAAAGUGUGGAUAUCGGACAACUGGACACCGAUGCUGGAGGAGUGGUAUUGGGGGACAUGGAACUGGCGGAUGAACUGAAUAAGUAUUUUGCAUCAGUCUUCACUCUGGAAGACACUAGCAGGAUGGUAGAUGUCUGGAUGUCAGUGGUCUGAAUUGUGCAAAUUUACAUUACUCGGGAGAAGGUUCUUGGAAAUAGAAUGGUCUGCAGGUAAA